CUCCGCUUCAAUCCGCCGCCCCUGCUCCAGUAGGAACGUUCCCCACCCCGGCAACCCCCCACGCUAGCUACUCCGGAGCACCGGAACGCACCGUCGCCCCCGUCAAGCAGGUUGCGCCGCCCGCCCGUGGUGCCGGCGCUGUGCUGGAGGCGGUGGAGCUGGGGCCGUGGGGAAGCUUCUCGCUGGGGAGAGCCGGGACAAGCUAGAGCGACGGACAUGGGUCACCAGUAAGCCACGGUCAGGGGCAUUUCAGUCCUACCUAGCAGUGGUGAUGGCAAAAAUCUAACAUAAUGGUAAAUUUGGGAUCUUUGCAUAUCAUUCCUUGUUUCUUUUAAGGUCUUAGAUAUUAGACAGAGUUUCAUUGAAACUAAGAUCAGUUGGUUACCCCGCCACACAGAUUGAAGUGUUAUCUGAAUAGGAAUGCUCUGGUGGAUUUGCAGCAAGAAAAACCUUGGAAUGAAUGUACAAGCCACUUAGGGUGCUGUAUUAGAGCUGUAACAGGAUGGGUUCGUUAUGCUGCGUGGCGGCACGGCCUCAUGGGGCUAGCACAGCAAGCCGGGAGUGGUCCUCUAUUAGCCGUAGCGACCCACCCUGGCGUACUGGUGCUGGCUUCUCCCCACCUCUGUCUAGAGGGUGGGAGUACAGGAUCAACUCGGAAGGGCUGUCUUAUGGAUCCCAUGGUGAUAGUGGGGUCGCUGUGAACUAUGGAUCAUCACUAUCAUCAAAUAGUAAAGGGGCUAGUAGGAGCUGGGAGAGGAAUGAGCUUCCACAAGAUCACCGCUACUCUACAUCUGAGGGUGCCAUUUCGUAUCUCAACAGCCCAGAUAUCAGCUUCCAGAAUCACCAUAUUAUGCUACCGAUGCUGCAAGAUUCUAGUGUUGAUGAAUACAUGAGAGUUUCAGUCGCUGAGCCUAUUGGUUCUUUAUUAUUGUCAGAGGGAAUGUCAGGUCAACAUAAUAGUGGUGGUUCCACCUCCUCUUGCUCUGAUGGAAGCGAAUAUGAUAUUGUACCUAAAUCAUACACAUCAACGCCCCGCAACUUCCCAAGUCGUCGAUCAUUCCUGUCGAAGCCAAUCCACCCUGUUUCAUUUCCAGAACAUGCACUAGAAGCACAGGAAACUCGAAGUCAUGUUGCAAGCGCAAGCUCCAACAAUCCUCUGUGCUCUGAAUACAAGGGAACAGGAGAACUUUGCUUCCCGGACUACGGUAGCGGCCGUCACGGGGAGUCAGGAAAUUGGAGUGCUGCAAGCAGCAUGGAUCUUACUGAUCUAUCAGAACAACCCGAAGCUGGACAAGCUGGACUACUGCGUCCUAACAAUGCAAUGCAGAAAACAAGGUGCGACCUCUGCGAGAGGCUUCUGACAAAGAGGUCACCUUGUGGUUCUCGUAGAAUCGUACGCACCGGAGAUUUGCCUGUUGCUGGUGUUCUACCAUGCUCCCAUGUCUACCAUGCCGAGUGUCUAGAGCGGACCACACCCAAGGGGCAGAAGCACGACCCUCCUUGCCCCGUGUGCGACAAGCUGGCUGGUAAAGAUACCGAGCAGUGGUCAAUCUGCAGGUUGAAAAAUGGGUUCCCAAGGUUCCGCUCGCUAGGGGAAGGGCCUUCUCGGGUUUUCAGCUGCGCUGAUGCUGGAGAUUGCGUUGCUGGGGCCGUUCAGAUUCCAAGAUCAAAUAGCAUCGGGCUAUUGACUCGCAGUGGUCACAAGAGGCAUGCAUCUUCGAAGGGAGAGCCCAGCAAAGACUCGGCUGAGACAUCAAGAAAUGCUUGCAUGUAACUUCCUAAUGCACUCAGUAGGUCUUAUGUCCAUGACCUUGCAUUGUUAUAGUUGCAAGGUCUUAUGUCCAUGACCUCGCAUUGUUAUAGUUGCAAGGUUAUGUAUGCAUGCUUACGGAUGUUUUCAUGGCUUAAUGGCGCCGCUAGGAAAUGACAUAGAUAUGCCUGUUUAUCUCCUAUCAUCCCUGGUUUGAUGACAAGGGGAUAGGAGAGGAGAGGAAAUCCCUUGCUAUUCAAAAAAUUUUCUUCACCAUGGAUCCCCUCUAAUUCUCUUGUCGCCAAACUAGCUCUCGGUUAUCAGGUUGCCACUUGUGCAUAAUGUUGUUCAGUUGUAUUGUGCUGGAAAUCGCAAGUAAACUGCUCAUCCAGUUCUAUGAAACUACCGCAAUUACCUGGCCCCUACAGUCUACGGCCCUACAUUGUAACACUGUAUGGUUGUAACGCUGUCAAUAUUGAGACGAGAUUUGAC